AAUUGGCCCAAAGAAAAAAAAAAACAAGACAAAUUUCCCGGUUUUUUCAAAUUUUUCAUUCAACGGUGGUUCUUUGGUUCCAAAAUACUAAGUGUUUGCAACGUAUUUUUCAUAUCUGCAUAUGUAAAUACUCCUUGAUCUUCAAAAUUAUUAUUCAUAUUCUUGGAUCAACAUGCUGGAUUUCAAUGAAGAUAUAGUCCAGAAAGCAGCUAUCACUGUGCUUGUUUCUCUGUCUGGUUGGUGGGUCAUCACCGCAUACUUGAAGAAAAGAAAUAUAAAGAAAAGAAUUGCAAAUAAACAAAAAGAAUGUACAACUUCACUGAGCAAACUUGAAGGAUACAUCAAAGAAAAUGGGUUGUCCAGGAAGAAACAAGAAGAUAUACUGAAACUGAAGUUUAUGGACCUACAUACUAGAAUUCAGAGGGGUCAGCUGAAGUCAGAGGAUGUACUGAAAGCAUACCAGGCAAAGGCUAUUGAAAAGAAUAAAAAUUUAAACUUCAUUGUCGAACCAGUAUGGGAAGCCAUACCAUUAGCAGCUGUAUGUGAUCUAGAGAAGAAAAAGGGAUUGUUGCAUGGUGUUCCAGUCAGCUUUAAAGAAAACUAUUUCAUGAAGGGCUAUGAGAGUACUGGUGGUUUGAGUGCACUUCUAGAUAAACCAGCUAGGGAUGAUGGUGUUCUGGUCAAAGUAUUAAAACACCAAGGAGCGGUGCCAUUUGUACGAACAAAUAUUCCACAGUCUAUGAUGACGUUUGAAUGCUCAAAUCCCAUUUACGGUACCACUGUCAAUCCGCACAACUUGAAACGGGGACCAGGAGGCUCAUCGGGGGGUGAAGCAUGUAUUUUAGGGGCAGAGGCUUCCAUUCUAGGUUGGGGAAGUGAUAUCGGAGGCAGCUUAAGAAUUCCAAGCAGUUUCUGCGGAACUUGCAGUCUGAAACCAACUAAAGGCAGGUUAAGUUUGAAGUCAUGUGAAGAGUUAGAUGGUGGCAACAUACAGACACUCAUUAGAUCCACACCGGGACCAAUGGGUAGAGAUGUUGAUACAGUCGUUAUGGGUAUGAAGGCAGUAUUGUGUCCUUACCAUUUUGAACUAGAUCCUGAUGUACCACCAUUACCUUUUAAUACAGAGGUAUAUGAGUCAGACAGAAAAUUACGUAUAGGAUAUUAUACAUAUGAUGGUAAUGUUCACUGUAUACCUGGUGUAGAGAGGGCCGUACAUGAAGCUAAAGCUGCUCUUGAAAAGAUGGGUCAUACGUUAGUGCCAUUUGAAGUUCCAAAUGUUGAAGAAAUGUUUGGUGUACUGUUCAUAAAGGCGUGUUUUGGUGAUGGUGGACAACAUUUUCUGGAUUUUAUGGACGAUGAUAUGGUCGAUUCUGCUAUUAAACUUCUCUAUUAUGUGUACAAACUUCCAUCCUUUAUGCAGAUCAUAUUGUCAUAUAUUGCCAGCUUCAUUGCAAAGGAAAGGAUUCCAGGUCUUCAGUUGAGAUCAAUGCAAGGAGUCAAAUCUGGAGUUAAGUCAGUGAUUAGAAUAAAUAAUGUUACACCAUGA